AUGAUUAAUUCUAUGAAGGUUGCACUAAAAUGGGGAUUAUCGAUGGGAGCAAGCCUAAUUUUGGAGAGCUUCAAUCAAGGAAGGUUGAAGGAGAACAUGGCAUCCUUCAACCUGAAAUUGAAUGAUCAAGAUCUGCUCGAGAUUGACAAGUUGGAGGAGAAGAAGAUCAUGAGAGGAGAAUUUCUUGUUAAUGACACAAGAAGCCCAUACAAGACAAUAGAUGAUCUAUAGGAUGGUGAAAUUUGACAAGUUCAACCUUUUAUUUGAUGUUGAAUUUGUAAUGGAGCAGACAUUUUCAAAACUAUGGUAACAGUUGAUACUUGAUAGACUCCAACAGUCAUCUCUCAUUGAACAACAUCUCAUCAAUGUUUAUAUGGCCUUGCUCUUUCCUCAUGUUGCAAGCUCUGCCAUGAUACUACUAGAAGUGCUGGUCUAAUUGCUCCUCGGCAUGUUACUGCUCUGUUAUCUUGAGAUACAGAGGUUUGCUUAGUUUUCUGCUUAGUCUUACGUUGAGGAUUGAAGAAGAGUUCAAUGGAUAAAGGUUUCAUGAACCA